AUGUCCUUCAACGAUCUAGAACAGGGGUACGGUGGUACAUCCAGGAGCAGCACUCCAGCGAGAUCUUCUCCUCUUGCUGGCGGUGGUGGUGGUGGUUUUGGAGACAACGACGACGAUCGAGACUAUAAGGCUCUUACGCAACGAGUUUCACAACAAGUCUUUCAUAUCAAUGGCAACAUUACGAGCAUUGAACGUUUGGUCGGCUUCUUAGGCGGACCGAGAGAUACCACCGAUGUGCGCAGUAAACUACACGAUGUUACUGAAUCCACACGAGAGCUAAUCAAGGACUCAACAAACGAUAUCAAGUCGCUCGCACAAUUUCAGACGUCAGAUCCGCGGAAGUCCCGCCAACGAAAACUCGAGCAGCAAAAGCUUUCAAAAGAUUUUCAAAAAGUAUUAGGCGAUUUCCAGAAGAUUCAGCGCGUGUCUGCAAGCAAGCAGCGUGAAUAUGUCGAUAAGGCCAAGGCAACAUCUGCCAUGCUCCAAUCACAAGCAGCAGCUGGAGAGGAUGGACUGCACCAGCAACAACAACAACAACAACAACAAACCGAAUUACCGCCAGUGGAUGAUACACAGAGACGACUUCAGAUCCAGGCGCUUGAUAACGAGAUUGAAUAUAAUGAAGUGCUCAUUACCGAGCGUGAAGGAGAAAUACAGGGCAUUGAACAAGGCAUUACAGAGUUGAAUGAAAUCUUCCGAGACCUUGGCAUGUUAGUGAACGAACAAGAGAGUGGCAUUCAAAGCAUAUAUGGAAACGUGCUCAACAUUGCCCAGAACACGCGACAGGCAGCUGACGAGCUUACAACCGCAAAUCGUCAUCAAAAGAGUGCAAGGAAGAACAUGUGCUGUCUUUUGCUCAUCAUCACUGUGGUCGCCUGUGUGCUCGCUUUGAUCAUUGUCGUAGCAAAAUAA